CUUCAUAUUAGCUCUGGACUUUCUCUCUCUCAUGCUUUUUAGCUGCAAAGCUCACAAUCUCACUAUAACAACUCACUGAGUGGGGUAUCUUCCAUGGCAGAGCAGCAGCAGCUAAUGCUAGUAGUCUCCUCCUUGUUCAUAGCCAUCAUUGGCAGUACAUUAGUCUCAUCGGCGGAGGGUAACUGGUGCGUGGCCAGAAGUGAUGCUAGCUACCAGGCCCUGCAGACGGCGUUGGACUAUGCUUGUUGGUCCGGGGCCGACUGCACUCCGAUUCAGCCCAAUGGGCUCUGCUAUCUCCCCAACACCAUCCAGGCCCACGCCUCUUAUGCCUUCAACAGCUUCUUCCAGAGAAAGGCCAUGGCUGCUGGCUCCUGUGACUUCUCUGGCACUGCCACUGUUGCCAAAACUGACCCCAGUUAUGGAUCUUGUGUAUACCCAUCUUCAGCAAGUACGGCGGGAGGGAUCGCUGCGCCGUCAACACCAACUACGGCUGCAAACAACCCAAAUGUCCUAACACCACCAGGAACUACUACUCCAAUGUAUGGCGGCGGCACUGCCGGAGGUUUCAAUCCCGGAAUGACCCCUCCAUUGCCCCCUGACAAUUCUAAAGCUCAUACAGCGGCAUUCAUUGCCAAACCAUUCUUGAUGCCCAUUUCAUUUUUAUUUUUACUACUUCUCUCAUUUUACUGAGUAGAAAGCCUUAACACAGUUUUGUUAGAAGACCACCAAAGCUAUCUGGGGACAGCAAAUCAUCUGUACUAAAGUUGUGUCAUCUCUUCUAGAGUCAAAAAGGGAUUGGAAGUUUCAAUUUGGGUGGAAUUUGUUCAGUUGGAAGAGUACUCUGCAAGAUCUCUGUUUUAGUCCAACUUUUGUAGAUCCAGAUGA